AUGUCUUACUUGGAUCUAAUAGAUAUCAACCAAUUCCAGGCUCAGAACUACCCUAACUUAAAGGAACCAAGUGGUCUGAUAAGUGAUACGAACAAUAAGAUUGUUUCAUCUUCAAAUAUUAGCAGUAACAACAAUUCAAAUAGCGAUUUACUAGCUGAUACAAACGCUACCACACCUUUAACUGAAAAUUAUUUUGCUUCCUUUAAUUAUAGUUCUACUAACAACACCAAUUCAUCUUAUAGUCUUUACAACAAAUCAUUUUUCAACUCUUCAUUGAAUAGUAUACCUGUUACUGGCUCACAAUCAGGUACAUGUUUGAAUGGUUACACCAACAUCUAUAACUCAAAUAAGUUUAACGAAACCUCAAAUGUGGCAAAUGGUUCGUCACCUCGUUACAAUCAUAUAAAAAAGGUAACUCCUAUUGUACCACCUAUAAAGACUAACCCAACAAGUGCAGCAAAUCCAGCUACAGAUUCUACAACUACAGUGAAUCAAGAAUCUUAUGCUUCUGAAAAAGAAGUCAUGAGUAGAUAUAUACCAAUCAUUAAGCCUUCAACUCCUUUUGAAGUAUCUUUACAAACAACUGUUGGACAAUCCCAAGCAGAUAGUAAAGUUAACAAAAAUACUCAACCAGAAAAUAACUCAAAUAAGCCUAUGGUUUCAAGCACAAGUGCAAUUAAUUUGGAUUUGGAUUUGGAAGAUUUGUUAACCAUUAUUGAUGAAAAGGAAACAAAAGAUUUCAGCAAUGAUGAAUUACCCACCAAGUCUUUCGAAAAAUCUGUCAAUUUUAAAUCUGAAAAAUAUAGCACGAUAGAUAAUACAGAGUUUGAUUCAAGUGUAAUUUCAAAUAAUAAUAAUUUUAAAUCUGGGAAAAUAUCUCCUUUACCACCAAUAAUACCAACCGCCGAUUCAAAUUCAAAUUAUACCACAUUGCCUACACCAAAAGGUAGAAAACUGCCGCCACUGAAGUUCAAUAAUGUUAGAAACUUCAAAUUAUCAAAUGGUUCAACAUUAAAUUUAAAUUCCAAAAAGCAUUCCCAUUUAUUACAUCCGAGCACAAGGAAUCCAGCACAUAACAAUAUGAUUCUUUUUGAUAAGAUUUACUCAUCAUCAUCACCACCACCAUUAAAAUUAUCAUGUAUGAACAGCGAGUCAAAACAUCAUCUACAUUCUCAAACUAUCCCAAAUACUUCAUUAUACUCCGCUAGCAACUGUAUGUACCCAAAUCCUAAAAAUUUUAAAUAUCAUUGUGAUAUUUGUCACAAAUUUUUUAGAAGGCCAUCGUCAUUGAAGACUCAUAUGAAUAUUCAUACUGGUGUUAAACCAUACUUGUGUCCUUAUAAUAAUUGUUACAAGCCUUUCAAUGCUAAGUCAAACAUGCUUAGACAUUUUAAGUUGCAUUACCGCUUACCUAAUGGUAUCUAUGUACUACCUAACGGCAUUGUAACAUGGAAAACGCCAACCACUAAGCAAAUGUUUGCUAAGCCUCAACCUAAUUUGGUAAACAACUGUAAUAUUUAUACCAACUGCCAUUGA